AGGCAGACGGAGUCCGACACCUGCGCUGAGGACUUUUAUUUUACAACAGCUGGAACUUUGCACUUGUACGGCCCCCCCGUCCACCCCAAGGGAGCAGGGCAGACCGGCACACAGGGAGCCCAGCAGCACCGAGUUAUCACCCCAGGCUGCCAGGUCUCACUGACGGGAUGACUGAUAUUCAUCCGCGGCCGCCCAUUCAGCCGGUCUGAGCUCAACUUUAAAAAACGCGACGGUUUAACCUGUCAGCUUGCUAACGGGCACGUACCAUCGCCAACGUUCUGAGGGGGGUCUGUUUUAGAACAUCGGGGAGCAAACUACUGCUAUUCGGCGCAGAUUUGGUACCUGGCCAGCGGUUACGGAAGCAUCGAAGGAUCUGUCACCCCCUUAAAGAGGGGAGCACUUGGACGCGUCAGUGGAAGAGAGAUGAUAGACAGUGACGUCUCUGCCAUUAUGUCUGGGAUAAUAAGAACAUCAGAGCAAAACCAUCACCCUCCAAAUCAAGAAUACAGACUAAUGACGACAGACCCCACCCAAAUACGAGGGGACGAUCUUCCCAAUGACCUGCAAUCACUGUCAUGGCUGACUUCUGUAGAUGUCCCCAGGUUGCAGCAGAUGACAAGUGGAAGAAUGAACUACAGCCUCACAUCAGAGAACUCAGUAAUGGACCAGCAAGGUCAUCAUAUAUCAAGCAAUGUCCACUCUCCUGGUGCCAUGAUUCACGUACCAGUAAGCAUGCAACAAGGGAUUAUGGGUCUGAACACUAUGACAUCUCAUGGAUCCACGAUUAGCCAGUAUAAUAUGGCUGGACAUUUGUCUCCAAGUCUGCAGUCUCAGCAAUCUAUGUACCAGUCCCAUACUCAUCAAAUCUAUGCACUUUCUCAGGAAUCCCAACAGUGUUCUCCAGCCGGUUUAUACAGUAACUCCUACACGACACAGUCUCCGUACUCACAGCCACGCCUGGCGGCUCACUCUACCCAGGACAUACACCCCAAGAACUACCCCAAACCCAUCUACUCAUACAGUUGCCUUAUUGCUAUGGCCUUGAAGAACAGCAAGACUGGCAGUCUACCUGUGAGCGAGAUAUACAGCUUCAUGAAGGAACAUUUUCCUUAUUUUAAGACGGCUCCAGAUGGUUGGAAGAACUCAGUUCGACACAAUCUGUCUUUGAACAAAUGCUUUGAAAAGGUAGAGAAUAAACUUAGUGGGUCCUCACGUAAAGGUUGUCUUUGGGCUCUGAAUCCAGCCAAGAUUGAUAAGAUGGAAGAGGAGAUGCAGAAAUGGAAAAGGAAGGAUCUGCCUGCCAUCCGUAGAAGCAUGGCAAAUCCAGAUGAGCUUGACAAACUGAUUAUGGACAGGCCAGAGAACUGCAAAGCUCCAAGCAAAUUAACGGAAUUGGACUUACCACCAAUGUCAAACAUGGCGAAUAUUCCCGGGAGGAUUCCCAUGGCCCAGCUCCACCCACAUCCUAUCAUGACAUUGUCCUUACAGUCCAUUCCACUACAUCAUCACAUCCAAACUCAGUCCAGAAUAGCAUCAAGUUCUCCAGCUCCAGCCCAGAGCCCUCCAAUCCACACAGUGCCAGACAUGACUCAUAGCCCAAUGCACCAGCACAUCAUGAGCAGGGCUGUAUCUGACUUCCUCAACCUUAACUCGGAUGUGAACACAGAGGUGGAUUGUCUGGACCCAAGUAUUAUGGACUUUGCUCUACAAGGAAAUAUAUGGGAAGAAAUAAAGGAUGAGAGUUUCAAUCUGGACACUUUGGGUGCCUUCACCAAUUCUCCUCUGCAGCUAUCAGACUGUGACUUGGGAACCAUUGGUCUAACACCUGUGUCCAACAGUAGUGACCAGUCAUUCUCGGACUUUCAAGUCACCAGUCUAUAUACCACUUAUGCCAAGCUGGACAAUGUGCCACCUUCUCAGUGUGUGACAGGACCUGGCAAUAAGCCCAUCGCCCUUCUCUAAGACACCUGCUACGGGAACCAGAGACCCCAUAACUACAUGUCUAUGGACCAAGAACUCUAUGCUCCCAGAACUGAAUCCUGUUAAUACAUGAUCCUUAUGGCUGCAGGCUAGCUUUAGGGAUAUACCAAAAGUGACACACGGUGUGUUCACCUAAAAUAUUAUGACUCAUUCUUGUGGAUUUGCCAAAUUUUUGAUGUCCAAAACAUUCAUCAAUCAACAUUCAAUGCUCGUGUGCAAGACAAAAUAUCCUGUUUACACAAACAACUGAUUUACGUUGGCAGUUCUGUCAUUACAACUUUUCAGAGCAACACUGUAUUAAACUUCAUUUCACAAACAUUGAUUUGUGAACACACUGGUCAGUUCAAGGUGAAUAUGUCUCUUGAAUUUCAACAAAAUUUGUUUGUUUGUUUCUUUGUCAAUUUAAGAACUAUUUAUAUAUAUCCUGCUGAGGAUUAGAUAGAGUGCACUACUGAAAAAAUCCUUCCUCACCAGCUGAUGGUGAUGUAUGUGACUACAUGAUUACUGAAUUCUGAGCCCUACAUUGGACAUGCUUCAGAUAAAAGGACCACAACCGAAAUCAAUAAAACUGGACUGUUUUUUUAUGCUACUUUGUUGGCACAGAACCCUGAACCUUCAGGGCAAUUAUGUUCAGGUAAUGUAUAGUUAA